UUUGUUGUGCUUUCGAACUGCUAGGUUGGCAGGAGUAUAUACAUAUACAUAUGUACAAUUGUACUUAACUAAAAUUGUAUUGUUAUGUACAUAUGUACUUACAGUAUACUUAUCUAAUACAUAGGCAUUGUUAUUAUCCAAAUGCAUAUAUGUUUAUUUUAAACCUAUAUUAUGUAUUAAUGCAUUCCAGAUAUCAUUAUACUUGCCCGUACAAAGUCUGCGUUUGUAAGCAGUCCAUUCAUAAGUUGCAAGUGUAGUCAUAUAGUCAAGCCAUUGAUUAAAUGGAGCUGUAUACUUAAUCUUUCCAGCACAUCAAUACCAGUCUUUUGGUCAUAAUAAGGGCACAAGGAAUCCAUUUACGUUGUUCAGUUGUCAAAUUCCAUAUUGCUUUAGGUAUGUCGUUGAAAAGAAUAUUUUCAUCUGAAAUUUUUAACUUUUUCUGCACAGUCAUAGUUAUACUUUCUCCCAGAACUUAAUAAAGAAAUAAGGACAAUAAAAAGUCAGAAGAAAGAAAAAGAAAUGAGAAAGCAAUAAAGAGGACUCCACCUGUUAAUUAUGUAUAAAAAGAUUAUUCAAGCUAUUUAAGGUGUUCACUCCAGAAUGGUAUCAGAAUCCUGACUUAGUGUUGUGUUCAAAUUAGGGGACCUGUUUUGUUUUGUUUUGUUUUUAAAGGUCUGUUUCACAUGUAACACUAAGCCACGGUUUUGUGCUAUGUGGGGGAAUCUCAGUGAGCCUGAAUGAAGAAACUUGCUCACAGGCUUCUCUUUUCCCACUUGAAGCUGUGCUGGAUCACAUCUUUGCUUGGGUUUGCUGAGGCUCUUCUACAUAUCAUAUCACUGAAGUACAUCCUUCCCCACCCAACUGUUGCUAUCAGUCCCAGCAGCUCCCCCCCCCCCCGCCUUACAGAUAAUAUAAGGCAGCUGCUGUCUGUCUGUUUAUAUAAGUAGGCUUUACCUUCAGAAAAACACCUAGUCCAAUCCUUGCAAUGUGGGAAUCCACAGCUACCCCUGGGUGGAUUUGAACCACCAACCUUCAAAGGGGCAGUUGUAGGCACAAAGGAAACCUAGGAAAAGCUGUCUCUGUGGAACUAAGUGCUGGCACGUGAAAUCUUUUAUUUAGUCAUGAGAAAUGUAUGCAGUCAAUUUCAUCCAGUAAACCUAUUGGUUGUACCUGGGCACACUUCGCCUGCCCGCAUAUCGGCAUCAGCAAUGAAGCAAAAGUUUGCAUUUGACAACACUAGCUUUGUGGAGGACUUGGACGACUUACCCCCUCCUCAUUCUCAAGUGAAUGCUGUUACCGUCAGUAUUUUGGGUAUGACUUGCCAAGCCUGUGUACAUUCCAUAGAAGGCAGAAUAUCCAAGGUAAAAGGAAUUGUAAACAUCAAGGUGUCUCUUAAGGAAAGUAAUGCUGUGGUCAAGUAUUUGGAACUGGAAAUAAGUCCCCAUCAGAUCUGUCAAGAAAUCAAGGAAAUGGGAUUUGAUGCCAGCGUUGCAGAUACAACGCAGUCUUCAGGGCAACAGACCGAUGAAGAUUUAGUUAAGAUCAAAAUAGAAGGCAUGACCUGUCAGUCUUGUGUUAGCACCAUUGAAGAAAAGAUUGGGAAACUACAUGGGGUGAAGAAGAUCAGAGUGACCCUCAGCAGCCAGGAAGCCAUCAUUGCUUAUCAUCCCUUUAUCAUUAAGCCUGAUGAAUUAAAAAAUAGCAUAGACAGCCUGGGAUAUGAAAGCACUAUAAAGCAUAAACAAGCCCCGUUGAAACUUGGCUUGAUUGACGCAGAACGUUUACAGCAGAUAAAUAUAAGAAUGCCUGCUGACAGAGAGACAAUAGAAAACAAUGGGACCAGUGCAUCUGUUGUAGAGCUCAGUGUGGAAGGGAUGCACUGCAAAUCUUGCAUCAACAUCAUUGAAAGUUCAGUCUCGGACUUGCCUGGUGUCCAGCGUAUUAAAGUGUCAUUGGAACAGAAAAAUGCUCUUGUGUGGUUUGACCAGAAUCUGAUCACUCCAUCCUCACUGCAGCAAGCUAUCGAGGCCCUUCCCCCUGGUAACUUCAAAGUCUCCUUUUCCAGUGAAGUUGAGGACCAUAAUGGACCGCUUAACUUAAGCACGCCAUCAUCUUUGCCUUGUGCCUCUAGCAACCCUCCUCACGUAGUCCUGCAAAGUGAAUCUUGUACAACUGUGAUUAGGAUUGAUGGAAUGACUUGCAAUUCCUGUGUAAAAUCCAUUGAGAGCGCCAUAUCGCAAAGAAAAGGGGUCGGACAUAUAUCUGUGUCUUUAGCUGAAGGCACUGCAAUUAUACACUACAGUUUGAUGAUAACCAACUCUGAAGAACUCAGAUCCGCUAUAGAAGACAUGGGAUUUGAUGCUUCUGUCUUAACAGAUACCACCAACGGGAGACCUACUACUGUUGGAAGUCUGGAGACCAGCAUGCUGGCCUCUGCUUCUCUGAGAAGUGAAACUCUUUCAGAGUUGCCAUGUGGAGACGUUUUGCCACAGAAAAGGAACUUGUAUAACGACCCUCCAAAGCCAUCCACAACAGGAAAAACCGAUAAAUGUUUCAUGCAGGUCACAGGCAUGACUUGUGCAUCAUGCGUAUCAAGCAUCGAGAAGAAUCUGCAAAAAGAAGAUGGAAUAGUUUCUGUCCUCGUUGCCUUGAUGGCAGGGAAAGUGGAAGUAAAAUAUAAGCCGGACAGAAUUCAGCCCCUUGAAAUAGCCCAGCUGAUUGAGAACCUCGGUUUUGGAGCGUCAAUCAUGCAAGACUAUCCUGGCGCAGAUGGCAAUAUAGAUCUUAAGGUCCUAGGGAUGACCUGUGCUUCAUGUGUUCAUAACAUUGAAUCCAAACUUACCAAAACGCCCGGCAUUCUUUAUGCAUCUGUGGUGCUGGCUACUUCCAAAGCUCACAUCCGCUUUGACCCGGAAGUUGUUGGUCCUCGAGAUGUUAUAAAGAUUAUCGAGGGGAUCGGUUUUCAAGCAUCUUUGGCUAAAAGGGAUCCAAAGGAUCAUAACUUGGAUCACAAAGAGGAGAUCCGACAAUGGAGGAAAUCGUUCUUAUGCAGCCUGGUAUUUGGUAUCCCUGUCUUGAUCUUAAUGAUUUACAUGCUAAUACCUGAUGGUCAGCAGCACGGAUCAAUGGCUCUGGAGCAAAAUGUGAUCCCUGGAUUAUCUAUUCUCAACCUUCUUUUCUUUCUCCUUUGCACUUUGGUUCAGUUCUUCGGCGGAUGGUACUUCUACGUACAAGCCUACAAGUCCCUAAAGCACAGAAUGGCCAAUAUGGACGUCCUGAUAGUGCUGGCCACGUCUAUCGCUUACAUCUACUCAUGCGUCAUUCUGAUGGUUGCCAUAGGUGAAAAGGCAGAGCAAAGCCCCAUCACCUUUUUCGACACCCCUCCAAUGCUGUUUGUGUUCAUAUCUCUUGGGCGGUGGCUGGAGCACAUAGCAAAGAGUAAAACAUCAGCAGCACUUGCCAAAUUAAUCUCUCUUCAAGCUACAGAAGCUGUUGUAGUGACACUCGGAGCUGACAACUGUGUCAUCAGGGAGGAACAAGUGCCUGUUGAACUGGUUCAGCGAGGAGACGUCGUAAAGGUGACACCCGGUGGGAAAUUUCCAGUUGAUGGAAAAGUGAUUGAAGGCAGCUCUAUGGCAGACGAAUCCCUCAUCACUGGAGAAGCCAUGCCUGUCAUCAAGAAACCUGGCAGCACAGUAAUCGCAGGCUCCCUCAACGCACAUGGCUCCGUGCUUGUGAAAGCAACUCACGUUGGCUCUGAUACCACCUUGGCACAAAUUGUAAAACUGGUAGAGGAAGCUCAGAUGUCAAAGGCACCCAUCCAGCAGCUGGCGGACAGAUUUAGUGGAUAUUUUGUCCCUUUUAUAGUCAUCAUUUCCGUUGCAACUCUAGUGGCCUGGAUUGUAAUCGGAUUUGUACACUUUGAUAUUGUGCUGAAAUACUUCACUCAUCACAGUAAACACGUCUCGAAAACUGAAGUCGUCCUGCGCUUCGCCUUUCAGACCUCCAUCACAGUCCUGUGCAUCGCGUGCCCUUGUUCCUUGGGUCUGGCCACCCCAACCGCGGUGAUGGUGGGCACUGGAGUUGCCGCCCAGAACGGUAUUCUCAUCAAAGGUGGGAAACCCCUGGAAAUGGCACACAAGGUACAGACUGUAAUGUUUGAUAAAACGGGGACCAUCACUUACGGAGUUCCUAGAGUCAUGAGGGUCCUCUUACUAGGAGAUGCAGGAGCUACUUUGUCUCUGAAGAAGGUGCUUGCUGUUGUGGGCACUGCAGAAGCCAGCAGCGAACAUCCUUUAGGAAUGGCUGUCACUAAGUACUGCAAAGAGGAGCUGGGCAGAGAGAUCCUCGGCUACUGCAAAGAUUUUCAGGCAGUCCCGGGGUGUGGAAUAAGCUGCAACGUUGGCAGUAUUGAAGUCGUCCUGGGUGAGACGGAGCAGCUUUUGAGCCAUCCAAAUCCUCACCUUGGGGACAUUGGCAGAGGCGCUACAGAUCCAGACCCACAGGUCCUGAUCCCCAAACUGGAAGAUGCAGCAGCCCCUGUGACUUACUCUGUGUUGAUCGGGAACCGCGAGUGGAUGAGACGGAACGGCUUACAUAUCUCCAGGGAUGUUCACGAGGCAAUGACCGGCCACGAAAUGAAAGGACAUACGGCUAUACUGGUGGCCAUAGAUGGCUCACUUUGUGGCAUGAUUGCGAUAGCAGACACAGUCAAGCCAGAGGCAGCUCUAGCUGUGCACAUACUGCAAAAUAUGGGAGUGGAUGUGGUGCUUAUUACAGGAGAUAACAGGAAAACUGCCAAAGCAAUUGCAACUCAGGUUGGGAUCAGAAAAGUCUUUGCUGAGGUUCUCCCAUCUCACAAAGUAGCCAAAGUCCAGGAACUCCAAACAGCAGGGAAGAGAGUUGCCAUGGUGGGAGAUGGAGUCAACGACUCUCCGGCUUUGGCAAGGGCUGAUGUUGGCAUUGCGAUUGGAACAGGCACAGAUGUUGCCAUCGAAGCCGCAGAUGUGGUUCUUAUUCGUAACGACUUAAUGGAUGUUGUCACAAGUAUCCGCCUGUCCAAGAGAACAGUGAAAAGGAUACGAAUAAAUCUCAUCCUGGCCUUAAUAUACAACCUCCUUGGCAUACCUAUAGCUGCAGGAGUAUUUCUGCCUCUUGGGAUUGUGCUACAACCAUGGAUGGGAUCAGCGGCAAUGGCGGCAUCUUCUGUGUCUGUGCUGCUCUCUUCCCUGCAGCUAAAGUGCUACAAAAAAACCGACAUGGAAAGAUACGAAGCACAGGCUCAAGGCUGCAUGAAGCCACUGACUCCUUCCCAAGUCAGUGUCCACAUUGGAAUGGAUGAUAGGAGACGAGACCUUCCCCGACCAGGUGCCCGGGACGAUAUCAGUCAAGUAUCUCUUUGUUCCCUGACAUCAGACAUACGGCCAAGACCCUUGGGGAAUUUCCUUGAGAAUGAAGCAGACCAGUGGUCCCUGCUCACGAACCAUCAGGAUGAAGACCACUACAUCUAAGAGUGCCACAUUCUCCAGCUGAGCCACAAUGUUCGGGAGCAGGGCUACUUUACCUUGUGACUCUUUCACAGGAAGACUUGGGAUCCUUCCAGUCUGCUUCCAGAACACCUGCAGUUUGUGCUGAGCAUGGAGGAGACUGCCUUGAUCGGAUCCUGGUGGCUGAAUGGCUCUUGGAUCUCUCAGUCAUGGCAUGGCGUAACCAAAGUGUGAACAGAAAGAUUUAGGGCGGAACAUCCAGGCUUUUUACACACUGUAUCUAAGUCCUAAACGUGACACAAUAAUAUUUUACAUGGACCAAUUUUAGACAUGAAAAGUGACCAAAACAGAAACUGGAGGCCGGCUAACUGUGAUCAGAAGGUUGAUUGCUUCACUUGAGAUAACUGACCAGGAUGAUUGUACAUCCAUGGUAGGGGAUGUAUUGCUCCGAUCAGCCCCGGCUAGCGUAGACAAUGAUCAGGGAUGAUGGCAGAUAGAGUCCAGCAACCUGUGGGGUGACCACAGCUUCCCUAGCCUGCUGCACAUCUCAGUAGCAGAAAACAGGAUUUUGUGAAAUGGGGAAGAUUGGUGUCUGCAAGAACAAGGGCCCUCACUUAAUUUGCAGGUUACGUGUGUGUUAUAAACAAAACAGAAUUAAAUUGAUUUUGUUUAAUGUGA